UGGACAAUAAUACAACUUAACUGCGCAUUUUUUGUGGCUUCACAAGAGGUUACUUUGUUAAAAGGUCAUGUUUGCACAUUUUAAUUGAUUCCUUUUGUUGUUAAAAUGGGAGUAUUAUGACCUGAUGGUACCCUAACAAAGGUCUAGUUCUUGUGUAUGUGCGUGUGUGUGUAUGUCCAUGCAGGUGAUAAUAGAUAGUUUUGGGAAAUUGUCUACCUGUGUGUUUGUGUGUGUGUGUAAGGGACCAUGGCGGGUUUUGGGAAGAGCUUGAAGGUGCUACGCUGCCUCACCUUUGCUACGGGUCUGGUGGAGUGUCUGUGUUUUGCUGGAGCCGUGUUCGGAUGGGCUUCACUUGUUUUUGUCCUGAAGACGGACGGCUACUUCAGCUCUCUGUGCGUCAACGCCACAACGGUCAAUGCAACGCAGGUCUUAGAUUGCAGUGAACAGGAUGAACAGUUCUCACUUGUUUUCACCAUUGCCUCCUUUAUGAACAAUUUCAUGACGUUGCCUAAUGGUUUCCUGUUUGACCGGUUUGGUACGACAGUGGCUCGGCUUUUUGGAAUAUUUCUUUACACUUUGGGUACUUUGAUGGUGGCCUUCUCGACUGCAGCUUUGUCCAACCUGCUGUUCCCAGCUCUCUCCUUCGUGGCAGUGGGCGGCAUUCUGUUUCUAAUAACCAACAUGCAGGUAGGAAACCUUUUUGGCUCACAUCGCUCCACCAUCAUCACUCUCUAUAACGGGGCCUUCGAUUCUUCCUCAGCACUCUUCCUUGUCAUCAAGCUGUUACACGAGGCUGGCAUCUCUCUCCGCUCCUCCUUCCUCUUCCUGUCUGCCUGCAGCUUCAUUCACCUGCUCAGGACUUUCUUCUUGCUGCCCAGAGGCCACAUACCCUACACCGUGCCUGACCACUACACAUACGGGGUAACCUGUGGUAAAUCAAAUAGUCUGAGCUUAGAGCAGACAGCAGCCAAUGCUAACACACAGAUGACGACAGAGGAAACGCCAUUCAACAAGGAACCUGUGAAACAAGAGAAGAGUUUCCGUGAGUGUGUGAUGUCCAGGUUCUUUGUGUGGCACGUGGUUUGGUUGUCGGUCAUGCAGCUCAGACAUUACCUCUUUAUCGGCACCCUCAACCCCAUGCUGCAGCGGCUGACGGCGGGAGAGCCUUCACUGGUGAGCCAGUACACCAAUGCCUUUGCUAUAACGCAGUUGUGUGGCGUGCUGUGUGCUCCCUGGAACGGUCUCAUCAUGGACAGACACAAGGGCAAACCUCGGGCUGCAGGAGAGAGUGAACAGGAAGCAGACCUGCGGGCCUCGGGGCUUUCUCUCUUCCUGACGGCGUUGCAGUGUCUACUGUUCUCAGUUUCUGCUUCCACCCCGUACCUGCCGCUUCAGUACCUCACCUUCAUCCUGCAGGUGCUCAACCGCUCCUUCCUCUACGGGGGCAACGCAGCCUUCGUCAGUGUGGCUUUUCCGUCGUGCCAUUUUGGGAAGCUGUAUGGUCUGGUCAUGGCUCUGUCUGCAGUGUUUUCUCUGCUGCAGUAUGCCUGCUUUGCUGUGGUGAAAGGCCCUCUGGAUGGAGACCCUUUAUAUGUAAACAUCGCUCUGACGCUGCUCAGCCUGCUCGCCUUCAUCCAUCCCCUCUCUGUCUUCCUGCACUGUCGAAGUCUCGCCUCCCAGCGAGCCAUCAAUGCCUCCUCCUAAAGUCGGUCAAAUGAGAACCACACUUAAAAUGUUCUUACAAUCACCAGUGGCACUGCUACCUCUCUAGUUUGAUUGAUUAAUAGUGCUCGUAAGGCUGUGUUAUGUUGCCAUGUGUAUCAUCAAGUGCUUUUCGUAUUGCAGUGAAGUGUGGUUUUGGGUACAGUCGGCACAUUCCCCACACUCUCGAAUCAAGUUUAAAUUGAAUGUAUCUAUAAAAAUUAGGAGGUUCUAGUUUUUUUAUUUUCACUUAGGUAUAGAUCUUUUUACACUCUUCUACAAUGUUAGAGUGUCAGCUGAUGGUGCUUUUUGGAAACCCAGCUUUAGCAACAAGCUAAUUAGCUUUGUCUGUUUUUACAGUUAAAAUUCCUUGUGCUAGCUGCUUUCCAUGACUGUGACAUAUUUUUAUGUUUCUUGUUUUACGAAUCUGAUGAUUUAACAUAUGAUGUAUUAUUUUAUCUAUGGUUGUAUUCAAAGUGCCAAAAGAUAAGAAACUUUAUUGUAAAAGCUGAAAAUGUUACAGAUAAUGUUUAUAUUAGUGUUGACCUCUUCAGGUUAUCUCAUAUAUUUCUUUUUUAAACCAGUAUAGGACCAACAAUGUGUGGAAGGAACAUGAUGCAUGUAGUAUCAGAGUAAGGGACGACUGGGAGUCAGAAUCACAAAUGUCAGUGUCUGUGUUCUUUUAAUUAGAUCUUUCAGUGAUGUGCACAGAACAAAAAGAUAACUCAGGCAAACCCUCUGUUUGGACAAAUGUCCUGUUAACUGAUCUCUGCACAGAUCGCUUUACCAUAUGAGUUCAUUCAGAUACAUGAAAUAGAGCAGGGUGGCCCCCUUUAUAUAGAUAUAUAAAGGGCACUAGAGCAGGGGACACAGCUCUGCCAUCUGCUGGCCACUCAGGUAGCUACUGAUAUAACUACUCUGCCAAACAUUAACCAACAGUUACAUGAUCUCCUUUUAUGUUAUAUUAUAUUAUAGUUAGGCUAUCCAACAUAUUAAGUCUCAGCUGUUGUGUCUGUGUAUUUCAGGAGAAGAAUUUAGUGUCAUGAAGGAUUAAAAAAAAAGGGAAAUAUGUCAUUUUUCUUUUAUCAGUAAGUUUACGUUUUAGCUUGAUGUUGUGUAUUUUGCUGAAAUGCCAAGACUGAAGUGGUGGUAAUGUUGAAAUGUAACAUUGAAUAUGCAAACUAUUUAUCUUGCUGCAACAAAUGAAAUGUAUUUUGUGAUAUGAACUUUGGAAGUGUAGUAAAGAGAAUUGUAACUUUUAAAUCGUUAAUUUUCCCCAAAUGUUUCAGUUUUCAGCUAUUGUGAGAAACAUGAUGCACUUGCAGGCAGCUGCCUAUUUCAGAUGGUGUAGAAAAUGCCAUUUUAAUCCAGUAAUAGGACAUUUAAAAAAAGACUAUAAAUGAAAUAUAAAUGGAACUGUAUGUUGUACACCUUGACAUACAAAUAAAAUUAAAAAUUUAAAUUAAAGUAA